AGGAGCCAGCGUUUGUGGCGCCCUCGCUGUAUGUCACCCACAAGAGCUGAACUAAUAAUCAAUAUGGCUGUCGGUAUCAGUCGGUAUUUACCUUUUGAUUACGCGUGAUCACGCAUUACACAGGUUGAGGUUACUGUUCAUUACUGUUAUUAAAAUAAUCAAGUGUUAUCCAAUAUUACGUGCUUUGAAUAUCCGACCUGAUCCAAUCAGACUAACAAGAAGCUAUAAUUGCUAAUUAACUGGUCGCAUUAUUACCACUAUAAAUUACCCUCGCUAUAAAUUUGGUAAUAUGGUGAGAAGAUGUUGUGUCUCGGAAUGUCGGUCGGGAAAAAACGUUCCCUCUCAUGCGUUCCCAAAGGAUGUCGAACGUCGCAAGAAAUGGUUUCAAAAAUUGAAUAUGAAACAAUUAGAAGAUGAAAGUGAAAUUAAAAAGUUAAGAAUAUGCUAUAAGCAUUUUCGUGAUGAUGAUUACAGCGGUUCUCCAACAAGAAGAAUAUUACUGCACUUUGCAGUCCCAUCUGUGCUUGUGUCACAACACAUAUCAAACGUAUCACAACAUGUAUCUGAAAAUAUUAAUGUCGAUUAUAAUGAACAUGGAAAACAACAUAUAGAACAACAUGAAGAACAACAUGAGCAGACAUUGCACAUAUCAGAAGUAUCACAACAUACAUCUGAAAAUAUUAAUGUCAAUUAUAAUGAACAUGGAAAACAACAUAUAGAACAACAUGAAGAACAACAUGAGCAGACAUUGCACAUAUCAGAAGUAUCACAACAUAUAUCUGAUAAUAUUAAUGUCGAUUAUAAUGAACAUGGAAAACAACAUAUAGAACGACAUGAAGAACAACAUGAGCAGACAUUGAACAGACAAGAACAAACAUUGUUGCACGAACAAGAGACGUUGCAACAACAAAACAAUAUGUUGUUGCGACAAGAAAAAAAUGAAAAAGCAUUGGCUGAACAGCAAAUUGAACUGCAAAAGUAUAAAGAAGCCACAUCGUUUGCGUUAAGGCAACAACAAAAAGAUAUCGAGAAUAUUCAAAAGACAUUGAAUGAACAAAAUGCACGAUUAAAAUUAUGUGCAAGACCCAAUCUUCAAGAAAUUACUCGUAAAAAUUUAUUAAGUCCUACAGCGAAGAAAUUAUACGAAAAAAUAGUAAAAAUGAAGAAAGCUUAUAGACGAUUAAAGAGACUUACUAACGUAGCGAAAAAAAACAACAGGUCACGAACAAUACAAUUAUGUACAAAUGAUCAUAAAGGGAAUAUAGAUACAACAGCACAUGUACGGCAGAAUUUUAUGAAUAUGCUCAUAAGGAACCAUGAUAAAGCACCACAGGUACAUUUCCAAUCUUAAUCGAAAAUCUAAUCUUAUUAUCGUAUAAACAUUUCUGGUCAUUAUAAUAAAACAGUAUUUAGUCUCUGACAACACUUGCAAUUUUUAUGGAAUUUUUUACAUUACAAUCAGGAAUUUGAUCAUUAUAAUUAUGUAAAUAUGAGUUUUUUUAUACUUAAACUACAGUUUCUAAUAUGUAUAUUAAAAGAUUUAUUGAAAUGAAAAAAAAAUUUUUGGAUUAAAUAAUGUACAGUAGUUAUUAAAUCGUAUUUUAAGCCGUCGUAUAAACGUAAUCAAUAAUUACCAGGAAAAUCCGGGAAAUAUCACGGCAUUUUUUAAAUAAAAUUUGGAUCAUAUCCCUAUAUAAUUUUCUAAUUUUUUUUCAUAAAUACAAGUAUUGUUCAAUAACUUUUCCAUAAUUUCUUUAUAGAAUAUUUAUAUGAAAUGUGUAUAGAUUAGGAGGAGUCUACAAUGAUAGAAUUUAAGGUGGAAAAUUACGUUUUAUGCCUUAAGCUGUAAGAAAUUGACAAAUCACAGUUGUAUGUGAAAAAAAUAUUUAACUAUGAUUUGUCAAUUUCUUACAGCUUAAGGCUUAAAGUAUAAAUUUUACACCUCAAAUUCUUAUUGUAGGUCCCGCUUUAUGCUUUGUAUAUUUAUAUAUUUACUAACAUUAUGUUAUAUUUUUACUAUCAUAACCUAAGCCCCAACAAAUUAAAAAUUAUAGUUGAUUAUUCUUUUUGAAUUCACACUUACACAAGCCGUCAAUAACGUUUUUUCGCUUGAAGUUAACUACGUUUCCGAGUUGAGGAAUCAUAUCAAAAUGAUGUAUGAAUAUCUAGAUGUGAUAAAUACAUGUAAUAUUCUUUUCAUUGAUAUCUUAUGUUGAUAUAAUUUUUGAAAAAUAUGUAUUUUUUAAAUUUAUUAACAGGCCAGACGUUUUACGGUUGAAGAAAAGAUAUUUUGCAUAGGAAUUUGCCGUAGAUCCCGCUUAUCAUACAAAUUUCUCUCCAAAUAUCUAUUGUGUCCUUCAAUAACUACUUUGAAUAAACAAUUGCAAACUAUUCCUUUAGACACUGGGUGCAAUAAUAUCAUGUUCAAAUAUUUGAAAUUAGUCGCAACAGAAAUAGAUCCCAAAGAUUUACACGUAGUAUUAAUUUGGGAUGAAAUGUCAUUGCAACCUGCCCUGCAUUAUGACAGAAGUAAAGAUAAAAUGGUUGGAAUCGAAGAUUGGGGGAUGCGAAGAACGAGAAAAUUUGCUGACCAUGCAAUCAUGUUUUACAUUCGAUGUCUUGCAUCUGGUAAUCAUAUGCCUAUUGGCUAUGGUUUUUGUAAUAGUGCAACUCGUACUGCUCAACUAAUAAGAUGUAUAAAGCAAUGGUUAACAGUAAUUAUAAAAUGUGGCUUCAAACCUGUGGCAACCGUAUGCGAUCAGGGAGGGCAAAAUAUCGCAGCAAUUAAUAUGUUGAUAAAAGAGACUAAUAAUCUACGGUAUAAGCAGCAUAAUAAUCCUAAAAAUACAUUUAUUAUUGGAAACCAUGAGAUCGUUCCUCUUUACGACUAUGUGCACCUACAGAAAGGUGUGCGUAAUAAUUUAUUAACGAAAGAUUUGGUUAAUAAUAAGUAUAAGAAAGAAUCGGAAAGACAAUUUGCAUCAUGGAACGAUAUUGUAAUAGCAUAUAAAAUGGAUAUAUAUUCUUUUCUAAAACAGCGACAGAUGCCAAAGUUAAAUGACAGACACAUUUUCCCGAAUCUCAUUCCAAAAAUGAAAGUGAAAUAUGCAACGCAAGUAAUCAGCCAUACCGUAGCAAAUUUUAUAAACAUCGUACUUACAUGGAAUAAAGGUAUUGUGAAUACCGUAAAGGGGGAAAUGUGCCUACCAGCCAGUGCUGCAAUAACAGCAGACAUAAUAUUAUUUUUCGAUAAAUUGUUUGACUCCUUUAACAAAAAAGAAAAUAAGGAAUUGUCAUGUAUUAUAAGUCCAGUAAGUAAACACAUUUCAUUUUGGCAAAAUGCUGUUAAUAGAAUUCGGCAAAUGGAUUUUGUUGAAAAUACAACCCAUAAACAUAUACGACAUAAUGCAAAAUGUCUAACGAAUUGGAUAUGGACUAUCAAAGGGGCACAGUAUGUGUGGAAUAUACUGCAAAAAUGUGGAUUUUCUUCAUUCAAUUUAAGAUAUCUGAAUCAAGAUCUUGUAGAAAACUGUUUCAGUCAGAUUAGAGAUCACGGGCACAGAAACAAUAAUCCAACCUCAUAUCAAUUCUGUGCUUCUUUCAAGACGCUUGUGACGACAAACUUGACAUCUAAGCAUUCUAUUUCUUCUAAUUGUAAGGAAAAUGAUGAAGGGACAUCAUUAUCGCUAUCAAAAAUGAUUUCUACAGCUGCAAGUUGUGAAAACGACGAAAAAGAAGAAGAAACUGAAUGUACAGAUUCUUCAAUACCAUCAGCGACAAAUUGUUAUAUUUUCGUGGAUACAGAUAAAAUAAUAAAAAAUAUUAUAACGAAUAAAACUGUAAUGCAAUGUGCAGAAUGUGUACAAUGGCUAAAAAAUGAGGAUAUUUUAAGAACUAUAGAGCACGCAUUUCAAGUUGCAGAAUUGAAAUUUGUAAACUUCUUCUAUGAAACAGAAAUCAAGAAGAAAUUAAAAAGUAUUUUAUAUUUAGAAGUAUUUACAAGAAUUUCAACACAUUGUUCCACGCUACUUGAUUAUUUAAUAGAGGAAACUGCACAAGAGUUUAUUGUUCAAUGGUGCAAAUUUAUUAAUAAAAUAUUAAAUGGAACCCAACAAGAAAAUUAUGAAAACAACUACAUUUAUAAUGAAGCGAAAAGAAUGUCAAUGAGGUUCACAAAAAAGAAAAAUUUGAAGCAAACAAAAUAAUUGUAUCAAUCUAAAAGAAGUGGCACCAUCUUUCGACAGAUUGACGAGGUGAACACACAAAUUGCAAUAAACAAUAACAAUAACAAUAACAUUAACAAUAAUUGAGUAAACACAAAAAUUGCAAUAAAGCUAUCAAAAGAAUAAAAAAUUUAAGAAAUAAAGAUACUAUUUAACCAAUGGUACGAUUUAUCAAUACUCCUCUCUAAUUUUAUAAAAUUGCGAUAACAAAACAUUCACUAUUUACACAUUGUUGCGAUAACAAAACAUUAACUAUUUACAUCCAAAUUAAAUUUAUAUUCAAAAAAAGUCGGCAAAAAUAAUCGGAUGUGAUAGUCGAGACAACUAUAAUCGGUCAUCACAUAUGCAUAUUCAUGUGCAUAUAUGCUACGGUUAUUUAUACUUUUGUG